GUGAAUACGUCCAUGGAAGUUCCACCAUGCGUGAAGGGGCAUGUGGUGGCCCUGCCAUUCCCCACGAGAAGCCUAAUCAACCCCAUGAUGAACCUCUGCAAAUUUCUCGCUUCAAGAAGACCCAAUGAGGUUUUUAUCACCUUCGUUGUCACUGAAGAGUGGCUCGGCUACAUCGAAGCUUACCCCAAGCCCCACACUAUUCGCGUCGCCACCAUCCCCGACCUCAUUCCUUCGGACGGCCAAACGGUCCACGACGUUCCUGGUUUCAUUGAAGCCAUUGCGACGAAGAUGAGACCUGCAUUCGAGCAGCUUCUAGAUAAACUUGAGUCGCCGGUUACUGCUAUCGUCGGUGAUGCUAAUUUGGUCUGGCCAGCCGCUGUGGCGAACCUUAGGAACAUUCCGGUGGCUCUGUUAUGGACGAUGUCAGCGUCGUGCUUCGAAUCGUACCGUCAGCUCGAUAUCUUGGCCCCUGGUCCUGACCGUUGUUUAUCGGUUCAUCUUUUGGGUAAUGUAUCCUGCAUGGCUACAUGA